AUGGCUACCGAAACAAUACCAGCAACAAGCAAUGUCAAGCUCAACAAGGACUCGAUGCGGUCUACGUGGCGAACCUGGGACAAGAGCCAGCACCGGUUUGCCCACCAGGCCCUGACCCGAGCCGACGUCUUCCACAACGACCCGCACCGGGCCAUCCCGGUGCACGCCAAGACGGACCCGGUGCCGUACCUGCCGCAGUGGGCGAUGCAACGCUGGAUCGUCACGCACGCGGCCGGGCCCCUGCUGCUGCACCAGCUCUUCGUGUCGGCGACCGGCGCCAACAUUGGCCGGCUGGGCGCGUUGGCGGCCUACUACGUGUCCUCGCGCUGGUUCAUGACGCGCCUGCUCAGGAACAUGCGCGAGAUGGGCCACCGGUACGGCCACCUGGACGGCGACGUGCACGCGCGCGACGAGGUCCCGGACAAUGGCGUGGGCAAGACGCUCCUGUCUGUCGUGCUCGCCAGCGUGGUGCGCGCCGUCAUGUUCAACGUGCUCACGUGGGACAAUGACGUCGCGCCCGGAGACGCGCGCUGGCUGUGGAUGCCGCUCAUCAUCGGCGUCUACGGCAUCGUUCUCGACUUCUGGUUCUACUGGUACCACCGUCUGAUGCACGACAGCGCCUCGCUCUGGCAGUUCCACCGUACUCACCAUCUGACCAAGCACCCUGUCGCGCUGCUGACCCUCUACGCAGACGGCGUGCAGGAGGUCGGUGACAUUGUCGUGAUUCCAUUGCUCACCUUUCUGACGCUCAAGGCAACCGGCGUCUCGCUCAACUUCUACGAGUGGUAUGCUUGCAACAUCUACCUGAAUUUUGCCGAGAGUCUCGGCCACAGCGGCCUGCGCAUCAUGGCCUACGUUCCCAACCCCCUCACGCCCGUGCUUAAGCUUUUUGGGGCGGAGCUUGCAAUUGAAGAUCACGACCUCCAUCACCGGAGAGGCUGGAAGAGUAGCUUCAACUACGGCAAGCAGACCCGGCUAUGGGACCGCGUCUUCGGCACAUGUACUACCCGCGUUGAGUGCUUGCCCGACAACAUCGAUUAUAAAAACCAAGCUAAGGUCGAUUCUAAGGAAAUACUCCUCGAGAGCUUCAACUGA